CGUCGUGGAGACCACAUAUUGUGUCAGUUCAAAACAUUAGAGAGAGAGAGAGAGAGAGAGAGACAGAGCGAGAGAGAGAGAGAGGAAUGAAAGGUUUAAUGGCGGACUACUUCGCCGACCUGGAAGAGCAAGGAUCGUCGGUAGCGAUGGACGUCGACGACGUCGACUCACUGGAAAUGUUCGGGGAGGGCGUCUUGCCGGCCGACAACAAGCUUGCCGAGUCCGACUUCUUCAAUUCUUUCGAGGACGACUUCGAUGACUCCGACAUCAACUGAUCUUUCUUCUUUUAAUAAUCGAACUGCUUCUGCUGCGCUCUUCUCAUGUGUUGCCAUUCAGAUACGCUUUGUUACUUUGAAUCUGUCUUCUUGUAAGCCUAUGUAGCAGAUCAUAAUCUUAUAGCUCUCUUAUCCAAAAGGGGGAAAAAAACCUAAAUAACAGAUCGGUAAUCCUUGGUUUGAUUUC